CUAAGCAUGUAGACUGCUUCUACAAACAUUUGUGAAAGAAUGGGUCGCUCUCAGGAACUCAGUGAAUUCAAGCGAGGGACCGUAAUAGGUUGCCACCUGUGGAAUAAGUCCAUCCAUGAAAUAUCCUUGCUACUAACUAUUCCACGGUCAACUGUUAGUGGUAUUACAACAAAGUGGAAACAAAUGGGAACAAUAGCAGCUCAGCACGCCACCACUGGACUCUAGAGCAGUGGAGACAGUUUCUCUGGAGUGAAGAAUAGCACUUCUCUGUCUGGCAAUCUGAUGGAUGUGUCUGGAUUUGGUGGUUGCUAGGAGAAAGGUACUUGCCUGGCUGCAUUGUGUCAAGUAUAA